AUGGAUGCGGAGGAUUUGGAGGGGCUCCCCCUAAGCUCAGGGGGGCAUGUUCUCAGCUGCGAGGAGAUAACCUGCCUACAGGCAGGUCUCACCUUGCUGAAGGCCACUGAGAAGAAUCCUGUGAUUAAGUUCUGGGGCAAGAUCCUUGGGAAGGAGCGGGACUACUACAUCGCAUGCGCAAUUCGCGAUAUCAAGCCUGCAUACCCAAACAAGAGUUUCUUUUAUGCCGGCGAGGACUUCGAGUUCAAGCCACUUCCAGACUUGACGGAGGAGGUUGGUGAAGCAGUCUCCAUGCUGCAGCUGACCACACCGCUGAGCGGCAACCCCGGCGCACCGCUGGAGUCUAUAGCAGGUGCAGAGCCCAAGGCUGGGCCUACGCUGACGGAGCUGCAUAGGCUCUCGCUCUUGGUCCAGGAGAUCGACUUUGACACAGCGGCAGUGCCCAAAGGUGCCUACUCGCUGAAUGAAGCGCAGGUGGUGGUUCCCAACAGUGCUUUCCGAGGUCUUGAAUCUGCGAAGGCAACGCUGCUGCAGAACUACGUGCACUUCAGACCUCCAGCAAGUGUGGUGAGCCUGAAGGCACAGGCUGCCAACGAUUUAGACUUCCAGUCCAACUUCCUGGAUUCGCUCUCCGAUGACUUGCCUAAAGGCUGUUGGGCUGUGCGGCAGGAGCCAGAGAAGAGCGCUUUGGUCACCUUGCGCUCACUGAUGUGGCCUGGGUAUUCAGCGUUUCACGUGCCUGGCACUGGCAAGUUUGGGAGCGUCUACUUCGGCUACGCCUCCAAGAUUAACGACUUGGCCUUCUUAUUGUAA